AUGGCAGCCUUCCAAGGAUCAUUCAUUAUCAAUCAAACGAGUCUAGACGAGGCUCAGAACUGGUGUGAGAAGGGCCGAUUUUCCAGCAUCAAGCGCAUUGCGCAGAGCGUGGUUACACCAUUUGAACUUCAGUACAGCGAUAUUUUGGAGAGCAAUUAA